CUGCUUGGCCACGCCCACAUGCGGAAGUAAAGUCGCUCAUGGCUUAUGGCGCGCAUUAAGGAAGCAGAAACACUUUAGAAAAUGUCGAGGUUUCUCCGAGCGGUUCAGCGGGAUAUAGGGGAGAAAGAAAAGUCAGAACUGUCACAGAGAGACCUGCAGAAAUGCGGACUAACAGGAAUUGAGCUGAGGUCGUACCAGCUGGACGGCGUGCGAUGGCUCACUCAGUGUUUGAAGACUCUGGAUGGCUGCAUCCUGGGGGAUGAAAUGGGUUUGGGUAAAACCUGUCAGGCCAUCUGUUUACUGCUGUACGCUCAAGGACAUCUCCGCAUGAAGGGCCCCUUUCUGGUGCUCUGUCCUCUGUCGGUUCUGGACAACUGGAAAAUAGAGUUAAAGCGUGUCUGCCCCAGUCUGUGUGUGGUGUGUUACAGUGGUGAUAAAAAAGAAAGAGCCGAGCUGCAAAGAAAAAUGGAGGACAAACCUUUCCACGUCUUGCUGACUAACUACGAGGUAUGCCUUAAAGAUGCAUCAGCAUUAAAAAGGUGGAAAUGGAAGAUUUUGGUUGUGGACGAGGCUCAACGGCUGAAGAACGAAAACUCUAUGCUUCACCAAACCCUUACAGAGUUCUCUGUGGGCUUCAGGCUUUUGCUAACCGGAACUCCCAUCCAGAAUAAUCUGCAGGAGGUCUACUCGCUCCUCACCUUCAUCCAGCCUGGUGUUUUCCCACCCGACGCUACGACAGAGUUUGUUAACGCGUAUGCAGAUGUACAGACCCGAAGCUCAAAAGCUGAGGAGCUCCACCAGGUUCUCCAGCCCUUCUUGCUGCGCAGGGUGAAGGCCGAGGUGGAGGCAGAACUGCCGAAGAAAGCGGAGGUGGUGGUGUAUCACGGGAUGUCUGCUCUCCAAAAGAAGUACUACAAAGCCAUUCUGAUGAAGGACCGGGCUGUGUUUAGGAGCAAUCAGGGCAAUAAGAACCAGCUCCUGAAUAUUCUGAUGCAGCUGAGGAAGUGUGUGAACCACCCCUACCUGUUCGACGGUGUGGAGCCGGAGCCGUUUGAGAUUGGGGAACACUUGGUGGAGGCGAGUGGGAAGCUCUCUCUGCUCGACUCUAUGCUUGCCUACCUGCUGGAAGAGGGUCACCGGGUUCUCCUGUUCUCUCAAAUGUCCAGGAUGUUGGACAUUAUGCAGGACUACCUGGAGUACAGAGGUUACAGCUAUGAGCGUCUGGAUGGCUCGGUGCGAGGAGAAGAGCGCCAUCUCGCCAUCAAGAACUUCAACAACAAAGACGUCUUCAUCUUCCUGCUCAGCACCAAAGCUGGCGGGGUUGGUUUGAACCUGAUAGCAGCCGACACUGUAAUCUUCUUGGACAGCGAUUUUAAUCCGCAGAACGACCUGCAAGCGGCAGCUCGAGCUCACCGGAUCGGACAGACGAGGGCAGUGAAAGUGAUCCGGCUGCUGGGGAGGGACACGGUGGAGGAGAUCAUUUACUCCCGCGCCGUAUCCAAACUGCAGCUCACCAACACCGUGAUCGAGGAGGGACGAUUCUCUCUGCUGGAGAACAGUCAGGCUGCUGCUCAACUACAGUUGAGUGAGAUCCUGAAGUUUGGAGUCCACAAACUGCUGUCAUCAGACGAGAGCUCGGUUCAGCACGUGGACCUUCGGCAGAUCCUGGGACAGUCCCGAGACGGCCAGUGGCUGAUGGACGAGGAGCAGGUCGGGCCUGCUGAGGAAGAGGAGGAUGAAGAAGAGGAGAGACAGAGUCAUAUGUACUACUUUGAGGGGAAGGACUACUCCAAAAUCCCGAGCACGGAGGACGAGAAAAGGUUCGAGCUCAUGCUGGAGGAGCAAUCAGCUGCCCUGGAGGACGCUGGGAAAGAAGGACCCAGUCUCCGCCACAAAGCCGGAGUUUUAUUCUCUGGACAUUUAGCAACGCCAUCGAGAAUAAAGAGGCCUCUGACGGAGUCCGAGCUGGAAGAGAGGCGUCAGAAGAGGCAGGAAGCUGCUGCUAAAAGAGCCAAGCUGCAGGAAGAGAAGAAGAGACAGCGCGAGGAGCAAAAAUACAAGAAGAAGAUGGCCUGGUGGGCGUCAUGUGGGUAUAAAUCGCUGUGCCUGCCCUCUGCUGAUAGUGAAGGUGAGGAUGUGGAUGAAGAAGAAGAAGAAGAAGGAGACGUCAGCAGCGUGAACUCGACAGACUCGGAUGACACGGCGAUUCGUUAUGUACUCGGCGAUGUCACACAUCCUCAGGCUGAGCGCGAGGACGCCAUUAUCGUUCACUGUGUGGAUGAUUCUGGACAUUGGGGACGAGGUGGCUUGUUCACAGCCCUGGAGAUCCGAUCCGACGAGGUGAAGAAACAGUAUGAACUGGCAGGAGACAUGGAAGAUUUGGACCUUGGGAACGUGCUGCUGUUUUCCAUUGACGACAAGCAGUCGAGACUGAGCGGAAGAGACUACCUGGCUCUGAUCGUCGCCCAGAGGAGAGAUAAAGCCAACAAGCUGUCAGGGAUUUACCUCACUGCUCUGGACGAGGGGCUCAAGAAGAUCUACAGAGCUGCCAAGCAGAAGAAAGCAAGUGUCCACCUUCCACGAAUCGGCCACGCCACCAAAGGUUUCAACUGGUACGGCACUGAGAGACUGAUACGCAAGCACUUAGUCUCCCGAGGAGUUCCCACCUUCAUAUACUACUACAAGCGUACGGCUUCAUACGCCGCCACGACGGCUUCGUCUACGAACACGGCGAUCCCGUCUACCUCACGCUCAGCAUUCGCUCCUCCAGCACCAGUCUCUCCCAGCUCCUCAUGUUCUCUCAGUCCUCCUGGUCCAUCAGAAGAACAAGCCGAGUCUCCAGAAGGUUCCAGCACAUCACAGCAGGGCGGAGAAGCUUCCGGUUUAGCCGACUUUAUGAGAGGAGUCCGUGUGUUCUUCUACAACGUGGGGGCGACGGAGAGAAAGAAACUCGCACGAUACCUCGUCACGUAUGAUGGCGAUGAAGAGGACAUCAUGAGCUCACUUGUUACGCACAUUGUGGCAGAGGUAGAAAGUCCAGUUCAUCUACAGGAAUUACAGGAUGUGUGUCAGCAGUAUCCUCAGGCGAUCCUUGUAAAGAAGACCUGGCUCGAGUCUUGCUUUGCCAAACAGAGAAAAGUUCAUGGACCCAGUGAGGCCCUGAGAUGGCGUCGGCCUUUUAGUCACUGGCAAAAUGAUGCUGCGCAAUCUGCUCUUCUCACCUACGGCAAUAAAUCCGAGCUCUCAUUUCCAGUCACUUAACUUCCCAGAGGAGAACGACGAAACCAUGAGUAAAAGCGACGAAGACUCCGUGCUCCGUUCAGAUUCCGUCUCUGAGGUCAGCACCGUUGACCCGCAACGUUUACCUGCUACGACUCAGUCGCCUCCCAGCAGGUCUGCUGCUUUCCCC